UUCACUUCCUGACCCGCACCGCAGAGUCUCCGCACACAAACAUCACCAAAUCACUGUGUGUCUUAAUUAUCUCUCAUAAUGAGAGGAACACACAUUAUAUUUGAACUUGAGCAUAAAUGAAACCCGUUUCUGAGGGGUUCGUGCUGAAACUCAAGUGUGCCAAGAAGCAUGAACCUGCACCAGGUGCUCACGGGGGCCGUCAAUCCCGGAGACAACUGCUUCUCUGUGGGCAGUGUCAACAACCAGCCCUUCACGGCGUACGCCUCUGGCUGUGAUAUUGUCAUUCUGGGAAGUGACUUUGAAAGGAUCCAGAUCAUCCCGGGAGCCAAACAUGGUAACAUUCAGGUGGGCUGCGUGGACUGCUCACUGCAGGGUGGACAGAUCGCUGCGUCGUAUGGAAACAUUGUUUGUAUGUUUGAGCCGGUGGAGGUCAGUCCGCAAGGGAAAGCACAAAACCAGAAGCUGAAUUAUCAUUGGCAGAAGAGCGGGCAGUUUGUUCUGCAGUCGGUCGCACACAUCCUGACAUGGCACCCCACCGGUUCAUAUCUCCUGACGGGCUCGGCGUGUCUGCAGAUGUGGUGUGAUUUUCAGUCCAGCACAGAGACCGGAGAAGAGGCCGAAACAGCUGGUCCUCAGCGCUCCUGGAGAUGCGUAUGGCAAUGCAAAUCUGCGGCUCCCACUCACUUCAUCAAGUUUUCCCCGGAUGGAGAGUUUUUUGCGACCGCAGGACAGGACGACUGUCUGGUGAAGGUGUGGUACAGCACCAGUAAAUGGCAGGCGGACAUCACCAAACUCUUCACGCCGCUGGACGUGCGCUCAGGAGCCGAGAUCAACUUCUCCUUCAUUUACCUGGCUCACCCUCGAUCCGUCACUGGCUUCUCCUGGAGGAAGACCAGCAAAUACAUGCCCAGUGGCACCGUGUGUAAUGUCCUGCUGACCUGCUGCAAGGACAGCGUGUGUCGCCUAUGGGCCGAAACACUGUUGCCCAGUGACUGUCUGCUGUCUGGACUCAGACACAAUUACAGCAGCAACGAUAUGAAGGCUAACAACAUGAAGAAAUCCUCCAGCAACAUGCGAGCGCAGAACCAGAACCCGAUGGAGCUGAAGCUGAAGCCGUCGUGGAGAGAGGAGGUGCGCUGUUUAUCUCAGCUCUCAUAUACCGGUCCUCUGCCCCAGCAGCAGAACAAACACUAUGCCCACCGAACCAACAUGCUGCACGCCAACGCACUGUGCCACUUUCACAUCGCCGCCAGCAUUAACCCAGCCACAGACAUCCCUCUGCUGCCCUCCAUCUCAUCCAUGAACGGCUCUGAUGAGGAGGAACCGGGCGGCCCCUUCACCGUUCACUGGCUCAACAACAAAGAGCUGCACCUGACGCUGAGUAUGGAGGUGUUUCUACAGCAGCUGAGGAGCAGCGGCGAGCAGAACGGACCCACAGAGCGCUACGAUGCUGAUGAGGAGGGGAGCGCUGCUGAUGCUGCGGCUCCGAGCUCCAUUGCUCUCCCUGCGGCGGCUGUGGAUCAUCAGGUGGACGUGCUGCUGGGUGACUGGAACCGAGCGGCAGACAUGCUGUUCAGCAUCCACCCCAUGGACGGAUCACUGCUGGUGUGGCACGUCGACUGGCUGGACGAGUACCAGCCCGGCAUGUUCCGACAGGCACAGGUUUCCUUCGUGUCCAGGAUUCCCGUGGCCUUCCCCACCGGUGACGCCAACUCACUCAGCCGCAGUGUGGUUAUGUAUGCCUGCAACAGAAACGUGGACCUGGCCAUCCAGCAUGGCCGUCAGCGUCCUGCGGGCCUCCCGCACUCGUCCUCCGCUCUGAUCGGCCUGAGUCACAACAAACCCACCUCCAACAGCCUGCGUCUCAGCAUCUUCACCCCCAGCGUCCUGAUGAUCUCCAAACACGCCGACGGCUCGCUCAACCAGUGGGCCGUCAGCUUCGCUGAGGACUCAGCCUUCUCCACGGUGCUCAGCGUCUCUCACAAGUCACGAUACUGCGGCCACCGCUUCCACCUCAACGAUCUGGCCUGCCACUCGCUGCUGCCACUGCUGCUCACCACCUCGCACCACAACGCCCUGAGGACACCUGACGGGGAGGCCGCUCUGACCCGGCCCACCGCUGCACCGUCCCGCAGGAGCAGAGUGUCAUCCGGCGGUGUCUCACAGGAUCCCAACGCCAUCUACAGCGAGCUGAUCCUGUGGCGGGUGGAUCCGGUGGGUCCGCUGUCGUUCUCAGGCGGCGUGUCGGAGCUGGCCAGGAUCAACUCGCUGCAUGCAUCUGCCUUCUCUAACGUGGCCUGGUUACCCGCGCUCAUCCCCAGCAACUGCCUCGGUGUGUAUGGAAACUCACCCAGUGCCUGCUUCAUCGCCAGUGACGGACACUCGCUCCGGCUCUAUCAGGCCAUUAUCGAGGCCAAAAAGCUGCUGAGUGAACUCUCCAACCCUGACAUCUCCAAAUAUGUCGGAGAGGUGUUUAACAUCAUCAGCCAGCAGUCGACGGCCAGACCAGGAUGCAUCAUUGAGCUUGAUGCCAUCACAGACUUUCAGGGGAAAGAGACGCAGCUGUUGCACGUGUUUGAAGAGGACCUGAUCUUGGGAAACGAGAAAAUAGACGAUUACCUUCAGGAUUCUGUUCCCAGCCGGACGCUCUUCUCCGCUCGCUUCUUCCUGGUGGUGAUGGAGAUCACUCAGAGCGGCAGGUCACUCCUGCACAUGUGGCAUCUACAGCUGGACGCAGUUCCUGCCAUUAUGGGGCAAACUCCAGACAGAGAGAAUGUGGCUCCAUCACCUUUGAACAACUCACAGUUUAACUUUGAGACGGUCGGCUCACCACAAACCCCGAGACCCAAACUAAACACGUCCAACCUCCAGAGCGCCUGCCGCCUCACUCUGACCAACACCAAAGUCUUCAGCCAGGAGCUCGAUCUGCCACAGGGUGUGGAAGUCUUGCGUGUAUCACCUGCUGCAGGUCAUUUGAGCGCUUCAUCUCUGCAGCCGGCCGGCCAGGCUCCGUAUCUGCUGGCCACGUCCUGCUCAGACGGAUCCGUCAGGUUCUGGAGGUGCAGCGCCGUCACUGACCCCGAUGGCUCUGCUGCCCCGUCAUACGUCUGGGAGGAGUGGCCUCUGCUGGUGGAGGAGGGCGUGGCCAGCAGCAGCGCUCUGAGUGUGUCCGGUCAGCUCAUGGGUCUCAGCUGCUGCCACACCAGCAGAGUUGCAGUAGCGCACAGGAGCGACGUAAUGACCGCCAUUGAGCCGCUUAUGCAUGUCAGCAUAUUCCAGUGCGACUCUACUGGAGGAUCUCAGUGGAUACUAGAGCAGACGCUUAAAGUCUGCGGCUCCUACAGCCCGAGUGCGAACGACUGUGAUAGGAGCCUGAAUAACGAUUGUUUAUUUGUCGGCAGUAAGAAGCAGGUGCACUUAGAUUGGGUUUCCAGAGAAGACGGUUCUCAUACAUUAACUGUGGGUCUGGGAUCCAAACUUUACAUGUACGGGAUGCUUUCAGGAAAACCUCCAGAUCUGGGACUGUCCGAUAGCAGUAGGGAGCACCGCAGCUCCCGCAUGGUGCUCCUGCGAGUGGUGGAUCUGGUGUCAUCGGUUGAAGGUUCGCCACCCAUUCCUGUCUCUCUGUCUUGGGUGCGAGAUGGCAUCUUAGUAGUCGGGAUGGACUGCGAGAUGCAUGUCUACUCUCAAUGGCAGCCGCCGGCUCCGAUCAAACCGACACUUGGCGGUAGCGUGACGUCGCUCAACUCUGUGGUGAAACAGGAUGGACUUAGUCUGAAUCCUUCUAAAAAGACCCUCACCAGAUCCAUGACUAGUUUGGCUCAGAAACUCAGUGGAAAGAGAACAGUGUACGACCUCCCGGCUGAGAUGGAGGAUUCUGGGUUGUUUGAGGCGGCGUAUAACCUUUUCCCGACUUUGCCGCAGUAUCAUCCGGUGCAGCUGCUGGAGCUUAUGGACCUCGGGAAGGUGCGACGGGCCAAAGCUAUCCUGUCCCAUCUGGUGAAAUGCAUUGCUGGGGAAAUCGUGUCUAUGAAGGACACUACGAUUAACCAGGAGCGCCGUCUGCGCUCACUCACCAUCAGCGCCAGCGGAAGCACCUCCAGAGACCCGAAGAUGUUCAGCAAGGCUGAAAGCUCGGACUACACCGAGAUCGACUCAAUCCCGCCGCUGCCUUUGUAUGCGCUGAUAGCCGCCGACGAGGAAACGGCUCCUAGUGCCAAAGAAAGAACAGAGAGCGUGAGCACCCACGGUGCCCGUACAUCCAGCCAAACGGAUGCUUAUGACGAGCUCUUCCAGACCACUGGCGUCAGUACAGAUGACUUGGAUCCUUUUGACGGAGACGAGGAGGACGCUAAUGCUAAAGUCAUCGAUCUGUCAAAGUACAGCCCCACGUUUUUCGGCUCUGAGCACGCACAGGUGUUAUCGGGACACCUGCUUCACUCUAGCUUACCGGGGCUUACGCGCAUGGAGCAGAUGUCUCUGAUGGCCUUAGCGGACACCAUCGCUUCCACCAGCACUGACAUUGGAGAAAGCCAAGGGAAAGGACAAGGUGGAGAGACACUGGAUGAAUGUGGGCUAAGGUUUCUCCUGGCCGUUCGUCUGCACACCUUCCUCCUCACGUCUCUACCUCCAGCUCAUCGAGCUCAGCUCCUCUGUCAAGGAUUGUCCACCUGCCACUACGCCUGGGCGUUCCACUCCGAGGCUGAAGAGGAGCUGCUCAACAUGCUUCCAACCCUGCAGAAAGGAGAGCCUACAUGGCCGGAGCUGAGAGCCAUGGGAGUGGGCUGGUGGCUUAGGAGCACCAAUAAGCUUCGCAGAUGUAUUGAGAAGGUAGCAAAAGCUGCUUAUCAGAGAAACAACGACCCGUUAGAUGCAGCCUUGUUUUAUCUGGCCAUGAAGAAGAAAGCUGUGGUCUGGGGACUCUACAGGUCCCACCAGAACGUGAAGAUGACGGCGUUCUUCAGCAAUAACUUCAGUGAAGACCGCUGGAGGAAGGCAGCACUGAAGAACGCAUUCUCUCUGCUCGGAAAGCAACGUUUUCAGCAUUCAGCGGCUUUCUUUCUGCUGGCUGGAUCCCUGAAAGAUGCUGUUGAGGUUUGUAUAGAGAAGAUGCAGGAUCUUCAGCUGGCUCUGGUGGUCUGUCGGCUGUACGAGUCUGAGUUUGAGAUGUCCUGCACCUACAAGCGGAUCCUGCAGAGGCACGUGUUGGGUCAGGACCACCAGAUCGCGGGCCAUCAGGACCCUUUCUUACGCAGCAUGGCGUACUGGGUGUUAGAUGACUACAGCAAGGCUUUGGACACACUGCUCGAGCCCAAUAUAGACACGUCACAUGAAGGAAGCGCCGGAUCGUCUCCCUGUAGUCCUGAUGUUUUUAACUUCUACACCUACCUCCGCACGCACCCGCUGCUGCUUCGCCGUCACUUCGGCUCCUCUGAUAAAGCUAAAGUGGGUCUGACCGCUGAAGGACGUGCCGUCGAUUCCAUCAGCCUCACGGAGCGGAGACUCUUCUUCACCGCCGCUUACGCUCACUUACAGGCUGGCUGUCCCAUGCUGGCUUUAGAAGUGCUCUCCAAAAUGCCAAAGGUGGUAAAGCGCUCGAAGCCAUGCGAGAAUCCGUCCGCGUCGUUGAGCGAGCACAAGGACCAGGCCUCGGCUCUGGACUGGUCUCAGCCGGUUCUCAACGGUUUGGAGUCUGUGUCCUCGCUCUCGUCUCCUAGAGAGGACAGUCAGUCGGAUUCGGUGCUCAGUUUUGACUGGAGUCAGCCGUCCGUCACCUUGCAGGACGAGCCUCUGGAGCUCAAGUGGGACAGCGACAAAGACGAAUCGGACGAAGAAGAAUCAGGCCUGGCGAUGAAGACCAUCCAUCCGGAGAAAGACGGCGGAGCUCCAGAAGUGACGUCCACCCCCUCGGAUUACGUUGAAGAUGAUUCACCCGCCCUGACCGAGGACAUCCUCGCCGCCCAGCUGAAGUUCAGCUCCUGCCUGAAGAUCCUCACCACUGAGUUACGGACGCUCUCCACGGGCUACGAGCUGGACGGAGGAAAGCUGCGCCAUCAGUUGUGCCACUGGCUGGAGCGUGCCGUGGCGGCACUGCAGAGAUGCUGCGGAUACAACCCCUUUCUCCAGCACCUGCCUGAAGGCAUCUCGGCCGACCUGAGCCAGGUGGAGGAUCUGGAGGAGCAGGGUGCGGCGGAGCAGGCCAGAGAGCUGCAGCACCGGCGCAGGCUGUGGCUGAAGAGGAACCAGCCUUUGCUGCGCAUCUUUCUGAGUUACUGCAGCCUGCACGGAUCUCACGGAGGAGGACUGGCCUCUGUCAGGAUGGAGCUCAUUCUGCUGCUGCAGGAGUCUCAGCAGGAUGGUGGUCUGCAGAUCUCCGCUCCCGCUUCGCAGCACCUGUCAGUUCCUCUUUUCCUGGCGUGGACCGCCAGCUCCAAAACGGUAGUGGCCAAUCCCAUAGUGCACCUGACCAACCUCACGCACGACAUACUGCACACCAUCAAUGCUCUGGAUGCGCCUCCGCACCCCGAUAUCGUCAACAACGAGAUCUAUGUGAUGCACACGCUGGCAGCCUCUCUCUCCGCCUGCAUCUAUCAGUGUCUCUGUGACGGACACAGUUACAGCCAUGUGAAUCCGUUCACGGGCAUCACCUACCAGAGCGUCCUGCUUACCCAUCAGCCCCCGGUGAGGAGCGUCAGCAUGGAGGAGGCCGUCCUGCCCAACACCUCUCCCGCGCAGUGGCCUGGUGUGAGCGUCUUGAUGCGGCUGCUGAGCGCGUCCGGAGAGGAGAAUCAGCCGGGCCUGCCUGUGGUUCUUUGUGAGAUCCUGACUGCUGUCUUCCUCAGCCUGUUCGUCCACGGUCUGGCCACUCACUCCACCCACGAGCUCUUCCGCAUCGUCGCUCACCCGCUCAACAGCAAGCUGUGGGUGGCUGUGUUCGGCGGUGGAGCGCGUGUUCAUGUGCCAGAGAAACCCAGCUCACCCACAGUGGAGGAUGUGGAGCGGAAGCAGCGGCGUUUCCAUCUGCGCUCAUCACGCAGUAACUCCAGAGAGGUUCCCGACAGUCCGCUCAGUCCCAGACCCAUGGCGAUGGAGCCGGAAUCAUCCGUCUGUAAAGAGCGUUUCGUGCCGCCUGAGCUUAGCAUCUGGGAUUAUUUUAUCGCGAAGCCGUACCUGCCUUCGUCUGUCAGCCGAGUGGAGUACGACUCUGAGGAGAGCCAGGGCAGUGAGGACGAGGAGGAGGAUGAUGAUGAUGAUGAGGAUGAUGGAGAUUCCUUUGAUCCCAACUCUCCGCUAGCAGAACAUUCCAACAAUAACUCGUACAGCUGGUGUCUGAUGCGUUUGGCCAUGGUGCAGACGGUGCUCUUCAACCUCAAGACCUUCUACCCAAUGGCAGGUCACGAUCUCUUAGAUCUGCCCGUGUGUUCGCCGCUCUGUCAUGCCGCUCUCAAGACGCUUCAGCGAUGGGAGCAGCUGUUGCUCAAAAGGCUGGAGAUUUUCGGAGGUCCUCCGUCAAAGUUCAUCUGCACGCAGCUGCUGGAUGAGAGCGUGCUGUCGGGUCCGGCUCUGCUAAGGCACAAGGCCCUGUUUGAGCCCUCCAACACACCCUUCAGGUCUCGGCGACGCUCUGCUCUGCCCGUCAAACGACUGUGGCAGUAUCUGGUCAAACAGGAAGAGGUUCAGGAGACGUUCAUACGCAACAUCUUCACCAAGAAACGAGAUCAGAACGAGGAGACUGACAGUGUGAAAUGUUCUGUGCCUCCGGAGUCCACACACAACCAGAUUGAAGCUGAUCUGGGGUUUCCUGGUGGAAAAGCUCGUAUCAUCCAUAAGGAGUCUGACAUCAUCACGGCGUUCGCCAUCAAUAAGGCCAAUCGCAACUGUUUAGUGGUCGCCUCAACCCACGACAUCCAGGAGCUGGACGUGUCUUCUAUCCUCGCCACGCAGAUCCUUACCUGGGUCGAUGACGAGAACGAGACAGAGGUCAAAGGGACGGAUGAUUUCCUGGUGGUUCACGCACGGGAAGACUUCACCACGCUGCACGGCACCACGCCCUACACCCACAGUAGCCCCGGGACGCCCAUCAACAUGCCCUGGCUGGGCGGUGUGCAGACGGGCAGAGGAGCCGCCGUGCUCAUCAAACGCAACAUCAACAACGUGAGGCGGAUGACGUCACACCCCACACUCCCCUACUAUCUGACCGGAGCUCAAGAUGGUAGUGUGCGGAUGUUUGAAUGGGGUCACUCACAGCAGAUCACCUGCUUCAGGAGCCCCGGAAACUCCAGGGUCACCAGGAUACGCUUCAACUAUCAGGGCAAUAAGUUUGGGAUCGUGGAUGCAGACGGAGCACUCAGUCUCUGGCAGACCAGCACCUCAGGAAACACUCCCAAACCCUACCUGACGCUUCAGUGUCACAAUAAGACGGCGAAUGACUUUGUGUUUGUGGGCUCGUCAUCUCUCAUCGCCACCGCAGGCCUGUCCACAGACAACAGGAACGUGUGUCUAUGGGAUACGCUGGUCACGCCAGCAUACAGUCUGGUACAUGCCUUCAGCUGCCACGAGUCCGGCUCCACGGUUCUGGCUCUGGCGUCCAAACAGCAGCUGCUGAUCAGCGGAGGCCGGAAGGGCUGGAUCAGCGUCCUGGACCUCAGUAUGAAGAUCCAGCGCCAGAGUUUCCAGGCGCACGACUCGCCCGUCAAAGCGCUGGCUGUCGACUCCACCGAGAGCUGCUUCAUCAGCGGCUCGGCGGAGGGAAACAUCAAGGUGUGGAGCAUGUCCACCCAGAGCCUUCUGCACACCUUCAGCAACGAACACGCCCGCCAGUCACUCUUCCGCAACCUCGGCACCGGCGUCAUGCAGAUCGAGACGGGUCCGGCCAAUCACGUCUUCUCCUGCGGGGCCGACGGCACCAUGAAGAUGCGUGUUCUGCCGGACGCCCUGAGCCUCUACUGCAGCGGCGUCAAGAAUGACGUCAAGUUUAUCAUGUAGCACACUCGUGACUCUUUGCACACGGUAAGGCAAGCAAUACGAGAGAGACGCUCGCUGGACGUCACCGCUCCCAUCCAAAAACGCAGGGAUUCCUGGGUAGCCGCGUCAAGCACACUGUACGAUUUCUUCAGCAUACACAGUUAACCUGAAAUAUAUCUAUAUAUAUAUAUCAGUAAAGCCUUAACUAGCCAAACUGUUGCUAAGCGGUGUUGUGAUCGUGCUCUAGACUCAAUAUAGUGAUAAGUGUCCUUAUAUUUCUACCCAUCAUCUUUCGCGCCAGACGUCCCGUCAUCAGACCACUGUCAAACGCGUGCGGUAGUUCCUGUCGUUGUAAUAAUCGUUCUAUGGGAAGGUAUUGUAUAUUACUACAGUAAGCAGUAUUUAGCAGGCUGAUAAGCUCAGCUGUAAAGCUUUAAAGCGAUAGCUCACCCAAAAAUAAAAACAGUUUUCAUUUACUCUCCCUCUUGUGGUUCCAAACCUGUACGAGUUACUUUAUUUCUGCUGAACACAUAAGAUGCUGUUUUAAAGACCAAACAGUUGCUGGCAGCCAUUCACUUCCACAGUAUUUUCCCCAUACUAUA